AGUUGUCAAAUUAUACUUAUUUUUUAUUUAACUUCAUUUCAGUCCGCAGUAUAAAUACCUCAAAAUUAUAGGAUAAGUUUCAAUUUUUGUGUGUUACCUAUUAAUUAGUUCAAUUAAUUAUUUCUAAAUUCACAAUGUCCUCGGGAACUCGCUUAUUUGUAGGCAACCUCCCAGAUAAUACGAAUGAAAAAGAAUUACUAUCAGCGUUUUCGUCGUAUGGAGAAAUAAAAAGUUUGGACUUGAAAUCAAAGUCUGAUGAUAGUAGCAAAAAGAAUUUUGCGUUCAUUACACUUUCUUCUACAAACUACGAUGUUGAGACUUGUAUCAAACAUUUUUCAAACCAUAAUUUCAAAGGCCAAAAGUUAUAUGUAACUCGUGCUCGGGAAAGUUUUUUGGAGAGACUGCAGCGAGAGAGAGCAGAGGCACAGAAUACGAGAGAUGAUAAAAUUGAAAUUAAUGAGCGGAAGGCAGAAAUUAAGUUGUGUGGUAAACUCAACCCCCGUAAAAGGAAGGUGUCGCUGACAGAUAGUUUUUACACUAAACUUGAGGAGGCAACUAGAAAACCGGAAAAGUUGAAACCUAACAAACUCGACUUGCCACCAACGGAAGGUCAUGAGAAGACAAAUAAUAAAAAACUAGAUUCAGACAAGAAAAGAUUAGAGUCACUGAGAAAGAAGAGGCAGGAGUUUAAAGAAAAGCAAAUGAUUAUAAAGACUGGAUUAACUGGAGUAGAUAAAGUACAGAACAAAAAGUUAAUAUUCUAUGAUGAUGAUGAACCUCCAAAGCAGAAGAAUUUGAAUAUUGACAAUAAGCACAAUACCGAAAAGGGCAAUAAAAGUUCUGGCAGAGGGCAUGGUAAAAAGAGCACUUUAUUCGGUGACAAUGAUGAUAGUGGUGAUGAACUGAAUUUUGAAAUUAAGAAGCAAUUUGAAGGCAAAAAGGGCCAGAAGGUUUUAGACUUGCAAUCGAGAUACAAAUCUGAUAAACGUUUCAUCCUAGAUGAAAGGUUCGUUGAUGAUGAAUCCGAAGAUGAAAAAGAGAAACAAAGCAUAGAUGAAGAUGAAACUGUUGAACUGGGUCAAGAAGAUGAAAAAGCCAAACAAAUGAAUAUUUUGCAAAAUGUACUCGGAGUAUCUAUCAAAUCAAGUGUAACUGAACCAGGCAACAAUAAGAGAAAAUCCAAAAUAGGUAUGCUUCGAUUUGACCCUAGUCAACCAGAACAUGCCAAAUACCUUGCCCCAGUUGAAGAACAAGAGACUACAAAGAAAUCUAAAAAGAAAAAAAAAGAUAAACAAGAGGAAGCCAAACUAGAGGUUGCACCAGAAAUUCCCAAAGUAGAAGUCUCUAAAGAACAAUUUUAUAGAGUUAGUGAAACAUUAAAAGAAGCCAUUGUGCAGCCAACACAAUUCAGUUUAAGAAGUUUAUUUGGUAACAAUGAAGAGACCAAAAAAGAUGACACAGAACAGGAAACAGGAUACAUACCUCUGGAAACUUCAAAAGACCAGAACAAGAAAGUAAGAAACCCGCUUGAUCCUGGUGAGAAAAACCCAUUUGUUUACGAUUCAUCAGACUCUGAAGGUGAAGAAAAGGAGGAAGAAGUGAAAACUGCACCUUUGCCAGUUGUUGCUCCAGUUAAAGCAAUAUGGAAAGAGAAUUUAUUCUUCUCCAAUUCUGACAAUCGUUUAAAAGAGGGUUUAGCAUUCUUUAACAAAACUAGUGAACAUGAAGAAGUAAAGGAAAGACGUGAACUUAAGUCUUUGAUGAAGAAGCGCAUUUACAAUAAGGAAAGGAAGAAUCAGAUGUUCCAGAAAAAGAUUGGUGGUAGAAAGAAGACAAUGAAAAAAAGUUACAGAAAGAAAAGUUAAAUAAAAUGAUUUGUUCAAAUUAAA